AUGGAGGGCAACUUCAGGUUGAGGCGUACGCGCGUGGCGCGCGGCGUGAUGGAUUUGGACAUGGAGGCGUUGAGGAAAAGGCAGGAACAGCGCAUGGGAAUCAAAGAUGAAUCUCUCUCGGCGAGGUCCUCACCCGGCUCGGGCAAGUCGACAGGCAAAUCAACAGGCAAAUCAACAGGCCGGGAUUCUCCGGAUACGCCAGAAUUCACAAGGCGGCCACCAGCCGCUAGGCCGUCGGCUGGACAGCCCCUGCGUCUUGUGCCUCCGCCGGCAGCGUCGUCGUCCAUUCCUCCGCCGCUAGCACUGGCUCCGGAAAUUCCCCCGGCGUCCACCCGUGCUUCAAGUGCUGCAAGGCCCGAAAUCACCGAGCCCCCGUCCAGAACGAAGCUUUCGCCGCCGCGCAUCACAACGACUGCUUUCUCGCUGCCGCCGCCCGUGAACAAUGCCGGGUCACCACUGUCAUCCAAGAGCCCGGACACGCCCCAGUCGACCAAGGUGUCGUCGUUUCCGUCCUCGACUCAGCCGGCCACGACGACGAGCUCAGGCUCCACGUCUAUUCCCUCAUCAUCAUUACCACCAGCCACCUCUUCAGCCUCGCCCGCUCCGACGUUCAAGACAAGCGCUGCAGCCUCUAGCGCUGCACCUACCCGAAAUCCCGUCGAAACCGCCACUUCAGGAGUGGCACCACCCCCGCCGCCCCCAUUUUCGAACUCCAGGGGAGGUUCUAGCGCUGGAACGACUGCUGGAACGACUGGCCGCAGCUCCAUGUUGACCAUGACAAUUUCGAGCGCAGCCACUUCACAGCCAGGCUCGACAGUGCCACUUGUACCGGCUCCCACCAGGACGCCGGCGCCGUCCGUCGAUUAUUCCUCGGGAAUGCCCGUGGCCACCGGACCCGAGCCAAAGCCAACCGACAUGUCUUCGAGUGUCCGGCCCACUCAGACCGCAGCGCCUCCUCCUUUGGUUCCUGUAGGUACCGGAGGCUCUGGCUCUGGUUCUGGAAACAACUCUGGCGCCAUGGCCGGCAUUACGGUCGGCACAAUCGCUGGUGUUGGCAUGUUUGCUGCCCUCAUCUUCUUUUUCUACAAGAAAUACAAGCGACGACAAUUCCUCGAAACGUCUUAUGUGGACGGCUCCCGUGACGGACCCGGCGGGCCGAAGCAGGCAAGCAUAUUUACCACCAUCCAGGAGCGCUUCCACACCAUCGCCGCCCCGGUAUCGGCCCGCAUCGGCGAAAUCAAGGAGAAGGGCUUGGGCGGUGGCAACAACGGCAGCCAGGCGCGGGGUGUGGCCGGAGGCGCGGCCGCCGGGGCAGCAGUCGGUGGCGUCGCGGGUGGUGGUGCGGCGGCGGCGGCGGCCAACGUCGACGCCAAGACGCAGUCGCAGAUCAUCAACGAGAUGUUCCAGGCUGCGUUCGCGGCCGAGAACGGCAUGGGCGAUGGCGAGUCGGCCUACGGCGGCAGCGAAUACCCGGCCGACAAGACCAUGUACUACGGACAGCAGGAGAUCCCUCAGGGCAGCAUCCGAGAGUCGAUGAGCAAGUGGCUGCGCGCGAGCAGCAUCAACCCGCUGCAGCAGAACCCGGCGCGAGACUCGUCGCAGUCGCGGUUCACGGCUCCCUCCUGGACGCGAUCGGAGCGGUCGUCGACGACGUCGUCCAUGCUGAGCGAGGGCGACGGCGUCACCAGCGGCGUCAACAGCGGCCUCUUCCCGCCGGGCUUCCGCCCCGCCUCUCCGCUCGCGCCUCCGGUGCCCCCGAUCCCGCAGGCGGCCAACAUGCAGUCGCGAUGGUCCGAGUCGACCCGCGCAGCGCCCGACACGCCCCGGGCGCCCUCGAUGCUGCAGGUGCCCAACAUGCAGUCGCGGUGGUCGGCGUCGACGCGCGCCCCGCCAGACACGCCCUCCAUGCCGGCACCGCCGCCGCCGCCGCCGCAGCAGCAGCCCAACAUGCAGUCGCGGUGGUCCGAGUCGACGCGCGCCCCGCUCGAGACGCCGUCCAUGUCCCACGACAGCCUCUACAGCAUGUACAGGCGCGACACGCAGAUCAGCGGCGCCACGGACAGCGUCGUGCCCGACGUCCCCGAGUGGUGGAGGACCGAGCAGCAGAGAGCCAGCAGCAACGCGCUCGGCUCCGCCCUCAUGAGCGCCGGCCUGUCCACGCCGUCCAGCAGCGCCUCCGACGCCCACCUGUCGCUCAAGCAGCCCGUUCCCGAGCUCCCGCGCGGCCCGAACCAGGAUAUCGCGGCUAGGCUUGAGGAUCAGGGGAGGAUGUGA